UUCAACACUUGAGUGUGUAAAUCAAUGCUUCUAUUGUCACAGUUGUGCCUAUUUUCACACACAACACACAGUUGCAAGAGAGGAACUAUAGCAAUGAAGUUUUGAUCUUUUUUUGCCAAAGGAAAAGAGAUAAGAGACUUUAUAGGAGUAAUGGUUGGUAACUACAGGUUUAAAAUGGAAGAAAAUGACAUUGUUGGAUCACUCAUCACCAGUGUUGGGAGUUUCAUCCAAGACAGGCUGAUAGACAGGGAGCAGAGGCUCCGGCACAAGGAGCAAUGCGCGGAGAGGUUAGCAGCUGAGAACGCGAGCCCCCACAACGACACAGAGGUUCGUUACUCUGACCAGGCAGUUCUAGCCAAUCUCGACUGGGGGAUCGAUGCCCUUGAAGAGGCGAUAAGUACCUCCAACACCGAAACCAAGAUGGCUCGUCUCGACUAUGCAGAGAAGAUGCUUCAAGUGUGCGCGUUGCUGAAUUCGUCCCAGAAAACAGCCGGAGUCCCUAACUCAUACCUCUCAGCUUGGGCUCAUUUGAACCUUUCUUACUUGUUCAAGUUGAGGAAUGAGGGCCACAGUGCAGUUCUUCAUGUCCUUGAAAUGUUCGUCGUGGAGCCCUUUUUCUCGCGCAUUGAUUUUGCUCCCGAGCUAUGGAAGUCCAUUUUUCUCCCUCAUAUGAACUCCAUUCUUGGGUGGUACACUGAGGAGAGGAAAAGGAUGGUGAUGGAUGUGAUCCCGGAUGCCUCGGACCUGUCAUUCACCGUUGAUUUUGAUCACUGUUUCGACGAGUCCUUACUAUUAUCCGUGAGGCCUGAGCAAGCAGAGAGAAUUCAAGAACUGGAACAGCUCUAUGGCCAAUCUUUGGAUGAGAAUACAAGGCUAUAUGCAAAGCAUUAUAAGGAAUGCAUGAACUAUGAUGCUGCCACGAGCAGGAGGGCGAUCCCAAUGUUGCCAAUCGCUGAGCCUCCCGUGACUCCUCUGCGCGACUUCAGCAUCCGUUCAAUUCCAGACUAUGUGAAAUUUGGUCCAAUCUUGCCCAAGAGUGCUGGUUUUGCUACCACUUCUCUUCCAAUUAGAACGAUGGCUGUUUCGACCUUAGGAAAUGCAGAAGAGUCUGCCGGCUGGGAUGUUGUUGAUGAAAAUCCGGAGGAGUGUGAAGAUUCUGGUGAAGACUCGGAUGGAUGUUUAGGAGGCAUGGAAAGAUCAAAAGAAAAGGAUGAUGACACUGUGUCAGUUUUGAGCAGCAGAAGCAACAGAUCGUCGAGCAAGGAGGUGGAGAGGCAAAGCCUAAUGGAUACAAGUCGAAGGCAAUCUCCUCAUAAUAGCUCUCCAGCAGGUUCUCCUUGCUCAAGGACUUCAUCUCCGAAAUCAGCCAGAAGCACAGGAACGAUGCAAACAUCUAUGCUUCGCCUCCUCUCAACCCGUGCAAUGGACUCAAACAUUAGCCCAUCCGACACGGAUGAAGAAACGACAGAACAGUUUAGAUCUCCGAGGAAAAGCACUCAUCACGUGCCAUACGCGCUUCCAAAGAGUUCACUUAAUCAAGGCGAAGAUUGCAGCCUGAGCUACAUAUCGUCGCCCUUGACUCCUAAGUCGAGGCCACCAAAGGACUUUGUUUGUCCCAUCACUGGCCAGAUUUUCAAUGAUCCUGUCACACUGGAGACGGGCCAGACAUACGAAAGAAAAGCCAUUCAAGAAUGGAUGAGUCGAGGAAACACAACGUGUCCCAUUACACGACAGCCUCUGUCCGCAGCCUCUCUCCCCAAAACCAACUAUGUCCUCAAGAGGCUGAUCACCUCUUGGAAAGACCAGCACCCUGAGCUCGCUCGGGAGUUUUCUUCCCUUGAAACACCGCAAAAUUUUUACACAAGCAGCACGUUCCAUAACGACAUCCCAUCAACACUUCCAACCAGUGGAGCUGAGUAUAAGCCUCAAAGAUUCACAACAGCAGCUGCUGCUACACUAUCAACGUCGCCCAACAGUGUAAUAUCUCAAACUUCCAACGAGGCAGUGAUCACCGCGUUGAAACCUUACAUUCUAUGCAUUUGUAACUCUGAGGACUUGCAAGAAUGUGAAGCUGCUGUUUUGGAAAUAGUCAAGAUUUGGUCAGAAUCCAAUGUAGGCUCAGGAAUCAACUCAUACCUAUCUUCACCAACUAUAGUGAAUGGAUUUCUCGAAAUACUGUCUGCAUCUACGAACAAGGAUGUGCUCAAAACAACCAUAUAUAUUCUGUCACAGCUGAUAUGUGCAGAUGAUCAUGUUGGUGACCUGCUCACGAGCAUAGACUCCGACUUCUACUGCUUGGCUGAUCUGCUGAGGAAAGGACUCUCCGAGGCAGCAGCACUUGUGUACCUGCUCAGGCCGUCGUUUUCGCAGCUUUCUUCACAUAACUUGGUAACAACUCUACUCCAUAUUGUUUCCAAGAAGAGUGAAGAUCAUGUUGGUUUUCGAUAUGCGGUAGCGCCCAAAGAUGCUGCAGUGGCAUUGCUUGAACAAAUCGUUGCCGGUGGAGACGAGAGUGAGAGAUCACACAAUGCAAUGAUUGUUAUAAAGGAGAAUGGGAUUCCUGCUUUGUUGAGCUGCCUUAAUCGGUUGGAUGGAAGAGAGUCGAUUGUUUCGAUUCUUUUAUGCUGCAUCAGAAUUGAUUCAGUAUGCAAGAGCAUUGUAGCAAGCAAGAUUGAGUUGUCUCCAAUUCUUGAAUUAUUCCAUGGUGGAAAUGAUAGUGUGAGAGGGAUUUGCAUAGAGUUUCUUUGUGAGUUAGUUCAGAUGGGAAGGAGAACAUUCAGCAACCAGAUUUUGCAGAUAAUAAAGGAUGAAGGAACAUUCAGCACAAUGCACACUCUCUUGGUUUACUUGCAAAUGUCUCCGAUGGUGCAGAAGCCUGCCAUCGCUACGCUUCUUCUUCAGCUUGAUCUGUUGGCUGCUCCGAGAAAGAUGAGCAUCUACAGAGAAGAAGCGAUGGAAGCGUUACUAGAAGCUCUUCAAAGAAAAGAUUUCCCAUCUUCUCAAGUCAUGGCUCUUGGCACAUUGUCGUCUCUCUCCGGCCAUUUUGGUGGCUCUAGGAAGGCGUAUAUGGAGUGUUGGCUGCUUAAAGUAGCGGGAUUCGACCAGCCUUACAAUGCUAUGAUGAGAGGGGAAGAAAAAAAUACUGAUGAAGCAGAAUUUGCUGAAAUGAAAGAGGAAGAGAAAGCAGCGAGGAACUGGGAGAAGAGGAUUGCGUUUGUUCUGGCAAACCACGAGAAAGGGUUGAUUUUCAAAGCUUUGGAGGAAUGCUUAGUAAGUAACUCGAUUGAGAUCGCCAAGUCUAGCCUUGUGGUGGCUACGUGGCUCAUGUACAUGCUCUACACCUUUCCUGAUUGUGGCAUAAGAGACGUUGCACGCAAAUGUUUGCUCGAGAAGUUCAUCAGCGUGCUGCAAUCAUCGAAGAAUCUUGAGGAGAAGAUACUGGCUGCCCUCGCCCUGAGAGGAUUUGUCACUGAACCAAGAGGGCAGAAUGAGAUGGGGGCGUACGCGAAAAGUAUGUGGAAGACGUUGAGGCGGCUCAAGAAGAGUUGCACGGUGGUUCAUGAUAUAAUGAAAGCACUGAUGAACUUGCCCUAUAUGGAUGCUGCGGAGCUGUGGUGUUGCGUUGAAGGUCCUGAGUUGGAUAUGUCGAUGAAUGGGGAAAUCUUGUCGAUGCUUCAUAUCAGAAACCGGCUAAUAAGCAGCCACUCGGAUGGGACUAUAAAGGUAUGGGACACUGGAAAGAGAGCUCCGCGGCUGAUUCAGGAGGCGCGUGAGCACGCCAAGGCUGUGACGUGCCUUUAUGUUCCUCCUUCGUGCGACAAGUUAUACAGCGGAUCAUUGGACAAAACCAUCAGAAUUUGGACAAUCAGACAGGAAGAGAUUCAUUGCAUCCAAGUGCAUGAUGUGAAGGAGGGAGUGGUGGCUCUAGCAGCCAAUGCUAGUGUGGCAUGCUUCUCUUCUCAAGGAAAUGGGGUUAAGGUUUAUAACUGGUCAGGCAUUCCCAAAAACAUUAGCUUCAACAACAAAGUGAAGUGCAUGAAACUAGAGGGAGACAAACUCUACUGUGGUUGUUCUGGUUACUCUGUCCAGGAGGUAGAUUUAAAGACAUACACAUCAUCAUCAUUCUACUCCGGCACCAAAAAAUUAUUAGGUAAACAAACAAUCUACUCCUUGCAAAUCCAAGACGGCCUUCUAUACGCCAGCGGCACCCCUGUCGAUGGUAUAGCCGGAAAGGUGUUCAAACUGUCUAACAAGGCGGUUGUGGGAUCUUUGGCAACCGGUGUGGAGGUGCAACAAUGCAGUGUUAACAAUGACUUCAUAUUCACAGCCACAAAAUGUGGGAUCAUAGAAGUGUGGCUCAAAGAAAGAAUCGCCAAGAUUGCGUAUAUCAAAAUGGACGUGGCGCAUGCAAGAAUCACGUCGAUUGUAUCGGACGCCCAUGGUCAAAAGCUUUUCGCAGGAACAUCCGAUGGCAGGCUACAGAUUUGGAGUUUGGAAUAAUAAAAUUUCUGAACCAGCACUUGAGCCAAGCAGAUGUCAACAAAUUACAUGUCAAUGUAAGUAAGUGCUGAUUAUAUUUGACUAAAGAAAUAAUGAAUUGAUAUCCC